AUGACAGAAGCUGGAGAAGCUGAAGAUGAAUUCCAGUUCCUCCGAAUGGAAGAUGAGGUGGUUUUGCAGAGUACGUUUACUUCCAAGGAUGAACAUGUGAAGCUGUGUCUUGCCGCUGAAGGCUUUGGUAGCAGACUUUGCUCACUUGAGCCCACCUCUAACUCUAAGAAUGUUCCACCAGACUUGUCAGUAUGUGGCUUUGUUCUGGCCCAGUGUCUCUCUGUCCGAGCACUGCAGGAAAUGCUGGCCCACAGAGAGAAACUGGCAACAAAAGCAGGAAGUGGAGCUUGUGGGAGCCAUCGCACUCUUCUUUAUGGUCAGGCAGUGUUGUUUCUACACUCAUACAGUGGCAUGUAUCUGAGCUGUUUGGCUUCAUCUCAGUCUUCGAGUGAUAAACUGGCCUUUGACGUCGGCCUAAGAGAGGAUGAAACAGAUGAGGCAUGUUGGUGGACGGUCCACCCAGCGUCGAGGCAAAGGUCAGAGGGAGAGAAGGUUCGUGUUGGAGAUGAUCUCAUAUUGGUCAAUGUCUCCUCUGAAAGAUAUUUGCACCUAUCCUUCGGCACAGUGUUUGACAACAAAGGCCUGAGUGACAGUUUGGUUGUUAAUGCAGCUUUCCAGCAGACUCUCUGGUGUGUUGCUCCCAUCUGCUCUGGAGGUGGAGUUGCUCAAGGAUACCUGAACGGAGGCGACACGUUAAGGCUACUUCACAGCCACAGCGAUGCGUGUCUUACAAUUCCCUCCACAGUGCAGGGAGAGGAUCUACAGAGGAUAAUGCAUUAUGAGAUUGGAUCAGUCUGCAGCCAUGCCCGCUCCCUCUGGAGGCUGGAGAUUCUACGAGUAGUAUGGAGCGGUAGCCACACACGUUGGGGGCAACCUUUCCGACUCUGUCAUGUGACGACUGGAAGGUACCUGGGCCUCACAGAAGAGAAAGGCCUACACCUGGUUAAUCGUGAUAAAGCUGAUAUCAACACAACCUCCUUCUGCUUCCAGUCAACAAAGGAGAAGCUUGACUCUCACACAAAGACUAAUAUAAAUGGGAUGGGGACUGCAGAGAUCAAGUAUGGAGACUCUAUUUGUUUUCUUCAGCAUGUGCACUCCGGGCUAUGGGUAACCUACCAAACCACUGAUGCCAAGUCCACCCGCAUGACAGGGGGUCAACGGAAGGCUAUUUUGCACAGUGAGGGCCAUAUGGACGAUGGGCUGACACUGUCUCGGUCCCAGAGGGAAGAAUCUCACACUGCCAGACUCAUCCGCAAUGCUGUUCUUCUUUUAUCUCGCUUUAUCAGGUACUUUGGAAAUCUACCCUCUGCCCUUCUGCCAAUGGAGACAGUGAUGUGUAGUCUGCAGGAUCUAAUUCUUUAUUUCCGGUCUCCCCCGGAGGAACUGGGUCAUGAAGCGAAACAGAACAGCCUGACAGCCUUAAAGAAUCGGCAAAAUAUGUUUAAAGAAGAGGGGGUGAUAGACUUGGUGGUUGAAUGUAUUGACCGUCUGCAUCAGCACAGUGAUGCGUCUCACAUUACCGAGGCUCCUCAGACUGAGACGGGAGAAGGCUGGCAAACAAUCCUCCGCUCUUUCUAUGAGCUACUCGCUGCACUGAUCAUUGGAAACCGUGACAACUGUGCACAUUUCUCAGCCUCUCUAGACUGGCUCAUUGGUAAACUAGACCGACUGGAAGCCUCCUCUGGAGUCCUGGAGGUUCUGCACUGUGUUCUUGUGGAAAGUCCUGAAGCACUUAAUGUCAUCAAAGAAGGGCACAUACAUUCUAUCAUUUCAUUUUUAGACAAGCAUGGAUGCAACCACAAGGUGCUGGAGGUUCUGAGUUCUCUGUGUGUGUGCCAUGGUGUGGUGGUGCGGUCCAAUCAAAACCUCAUCUGUGACAACCUUCUGCCAAAUAGAGACUGGCUGCUUCAAACACGUCUGGUUAAUCAGGUUAUCAGCAUGAGGCCCAACAUCUUCCUAUCUAUGGGUGAAGAAUCAGCACAGCAUCGAAAGUGGUACUACGAGCUAGCUGUGGAUCACGUUGACCCCUUUCUUACUUCUGAACCCACCCACCUGCGCAUCGGCUGGGCUUAUGCUGACAGCUACCAGCCCAGGCCCACCGGGGGGGAGGGCUGGGGUUGCAACGGGGUGGGAGAUGACCUCUGCUCCUAUGGCUUUGAUGGACUUCACCUCUGGUCAGGUUCUGUCGGACGCAGAGUGAGCUCCCCUUUUCCUCACUUGCUAAGAGAUGAUGAUGUUGUCAGCUGCUGCCUCGACGUCAGUGCUUCCUGUAUUUCCUUCCGGCUCAACGGUCUACCUGUGCAGGGCAUGUUGGAGAACUUUAAUACUGAUGGGCUCCUGUAUCCUGUGGUCAGCUUCUCUGCUGGAAUCAAGGUUCGUUUUCUGUUUGGGGGAAGGCAUGGAGAAUUUCGGUUCCUGCCUCCACCCGGAUUUGCACCAUGUUCUGAAGCUCUGCUCCCUCGAGUCAAGUUGAAGGUGGAGCCAUGUCAGAGAUGCAUCUUGGAUUGUGGAGAUGAGAAACAAGACCUCAUCGGACCCCUGGUACCACUCAUACCCGUUACCUUCACUCCUUCACCAGUCGACAUCAGCAAGGUAGUACUGCCCCUGCAGCUUGAGAAUAUUCGAGAAAAAAUGGCUGAAAAUAUCCAUGAACUCUGGGUAAUGGAGAAGAUAGAUGUUGGAUGGACGCAUGGACCUGUGAGAGAUGAAAUUAAAAAGCAUGAUCCCUGUCUGGUUGACUUCUGCAAGCUGCCAGAACACGAGAGGAACCAGAACCUUCAGAUCGCUGAGGACACUCUUAGGACUCUUCUUUCCCUUGGUUUCCACAUUGCUUUGACUGAUGAUCGUGCUGAGGAAAGAGUCAAAUACAUGAGGCUUUCCACUAAGUUUGAGCUGCCUAGUGGUUACAGGCCUGCUCCGCUUGACUUGAGCCAUGUUUUACUGAGCUCGGCAUUGGAGGAGGUGGUCAACUUGCUGGCAGAGAAUGAUCACAACGUUUGGGCCAGAGAGCGUAUCAAGCAGGGAUGGACCUAUGGAGCCCAGCAGGAUGUGAAAGCCAAGCGUAGCCCACACCUUGUGCCCUACAGCCUUCUCGAUGAAAGGAGUCGGAGAGCGGGCAGAGCGGGCGUCAGGGAUGCUGUGUGUACCUUGCUGACCUACGGCUACAGCCUAGAGCCCUUCAACCAGGAAUGGACCCCAUUAUCAAAGCCAUGUCUCUUUUCUGCUGAGCGAUGCCGGGUGUUCAGACCAGAUAAGUCGUACGCUGUGACCGUGGGCAAGUGGUACUUUGAAUGUGAAAUAGUGACAGCCGGCAAAAUGAGAGUGGGCUGGGCUCGGCCCUGCUGUACUCCAGACAGAGAGUUAGGCUCAGAUGACCAGGCGUAUGUCUUCGAUGGAUCUGAGGCUCAGUGGUAUCAUCAGGGUGGUGAACCUCUGGGGCGAUCAUGGCAGAAAGGCGAUGUGGUGGGUUGCUUGGUGGACAUGGAUGAAUGCACUAUGAUGGUCACGCUCAAUGGAGAGCUUCUGUUUAAUGACAGAGGUUCAGAACUGGCUGCCAAGGACUUUGAGAUCAAAGAUGGGUUGCUGCCUGUUAUCGCUCUUGGGGUGAACCAGAGGGGGAGAUUAAACCUUGGUCGUCAUGUUGACUCUCUGCAGUAUUUUUCCGUGUGUGGAUUACAGGAGGGCUACAAGCCUUUUGCUAUUAACAUGGCCAGAGACCCGACCCUGUGGAUGAGUUGGAGGCAGCCACAGUUUGCCUCCGUAAAGCCUGAUGAUCAUAACAUACUGGUGACUCGAGUCAGUAGUUCAGUGGAUUCUUUAUCCAGCCUGAGGGUCUCCCAGCAGUCUUUUGCACACCAGGGUGGAAGCAGUGAGAUGGGGUUUUACCGCCUCAGCAUGUUUGUUGAAUGUGCGUCUUUCCUCACAACCCCGAUGGGAGCAAUACUUCCAGUCGCCUCCAACACAUUCUCUCCAGGAAGGAAAGAACAGGAGGAGAUGGACUCUGACUUUGAAGUGCUGAUGAAGUCAGCCCAUGGCUUCAGUGGUCCAAGAGAUGACCUCGACCAUAAAGACCACAGCCAUGACAAAACAUCUAAACUGAAACAGCGAUUCAUGUUGAAGAGGACUAAACCAGGUUUGGUCAGCAGCAAUUCAUCUACCCGGCUUCUAGAGGAUGUAGUAGUUGACAAAGACAACCCUGAUCAUCUUGUCCAGAGCACUAAAUAUUACUUCUCAGUGCGGGUACUGCCAGGCCAGGAGCCGUUCAAUGUGUGGGUCGGCUGGGUGACGUCUGCUUUCCAUCAGCAUGACACAACGUUUGACAUGGACAAGGUGCACACUGUGACGGUGACUCUGGGAGAUGACAGUGGCAAAGUUCAGGAGAGUGUGAAACGGAGUAACUGUUACAUGGUGUGUGCUGGAGAGGCCACAGGUCUGUCUCAGAGCCGUAGAAGUGCAGGGCUGGAAAUUGGGUGUUUAAUAGACACAGGAACAGGACUGCUCACAUUUACCUCCAAUGGAGUAGAUAUGGCAACACUCUACCAGGUAGAGGCCAGUACAAAGCUGUUUCCUGCUGUAUUUGUCAAGCCCACUACAAGCAACAUGUUCCAGUUUGAACUGGGACGUAUUAGGAAUGUAAUGCCAUUAUGUGCAGGCUUACUUCGUAGCCAGAGGAGGAAUACCACACCUCAAUGCCCACCAAGGAUUCAGGUUCAACAACUAUGUCCAGUUUCAUGGACCCGUGUACCAGAGUGUGCAUUAAAGGUGUCGGUAGACCGGCCAGAUGACCGUCAUGGAUGGAGGGUUCAGUGCUCAGAGCCCUUACAAGUUAUGUCGCUUCACAUCCCAGAUGAAAACAGGUCUGUUGACAUUUUGGAGCUGUCAGAGCUGAAUGACCUCUUGACCUUUCAACACCACACCCUCCUCCUCUACUGCUCUCUGUGCGCCCUUGGCAACACCAGGGUUUGCCAUGUACUUUGCAGCCAUGUGGACCAGUCCCAGCUCUUUCAUGCUAUUCAGAAUCCCCACCUCCCUGGCCCACUCCGUUCUGCUUUUUACCAGCUGCUCAUUCAGGUUCAUCUCAGUAGUCACACCACAGCAUGUUUCAUGAUGAACCAUGAAUAUAUUGUACCUAUGACGGAGCAGACUAAAAAAAUCUCCCUCUACCUCGGUCCUGUCAAUGGUAAAAGUAUCCCUAGCACUGGUCUUAGCACAUCUCUUAAACCACAGAUGCAUUUCUCCACUCCUUGUUUUGUGAGAAGUGAUGAGACGGCAGGAGAAAAUGGAGUUGAAAUAGCCUGUACUGACAGCCCUGAAAUCCCUCUGGGUGAAUUGAUGAACCUGACUGUGGAGAUGCUGACUGCGGGAGUGUGGGCUUUGGGUCAGGGUGUGAGGGACCCUGUAGGGGGCAGCAUUGAGCUACUGCUGGUUCCACUAAUUAGACUGUUUUAUACCCUGCUCGUGAUGGGGAUAUUUGAGGAUGAGGACCUGAGGAUAGUUCUAAGGCUGUUAGAGCCUCAAGUCUUUUCUCACGACACUCAAACCCCUGAUGAGAAAGAGGAAGAGGAGGAUAGCCAUAAUGGGAACGACUGCAAAAUCUUAGAUGGGAAAAAAGACUGUGUUCCUAAUCCAGGACUACUCCAAAUGAAGCUCCCAGAAGCUGUCAAACUUGAGCUCUGUCAUCUGCUGUCUUACCUGUGCGAUUGCCAAGUUCGCCACAGGGUAGAAGCUGUUGUGGCCUUUUCUGACAGUUUUGUGGGACAGCUGCAAGAGAACCAAAGAUUUCGCUACAACCAGGUCAUGGAGGCGCUCAACAUGUCUGCUGCCCUCACAGCCCGAAAGACCAAGGAGUUCCGCUCACCUCCACAAGAGCAGGUCAACAUGCUGCUGAGCUUCAAAGAAUAUGUGCAACAGGAGAAUUGUCCCUGUCCAGUGGAGAUCAGACAGCUCUUGCAAGACUUUCAUCACCUGCUCAGCACUCACUGUGGCAUCGAGUUGGACAGUGAAGCAGAGGAUGAAGAGGAUGUUAAGAUAUCUAUAAAAAAUCGACUCGCCAGUUUGGUGGUUAAAUUCACUGAACUGAGGAAAACAGCCGUGCAAAUAGAGCAGUGUGAAGCCCAGAGCCCUAUGUCUCUUAUGAAGCUGAUCUCAGAGACAAUGGUUCACUGGGCUCAAGAGGCAAAGAUAGAGGAUGCAGAGCUGGUUAGAGCCAUUUUCUCGUUGCUGCACCGCCAGUAUCAGGGCCUGUGUGGCCAAAUGGGAGAACCUCUGUCCAGAGCGUAUACCAUCAGUCAAGCCUCGGUGGAGGACACCUCAGCUCUCCUCUCUUCUCUGUGUCAAAUUCGUUCCCUCCUCAGUGUCCGCAUGGGUAAAGAAGAGGAGAAACUGAUGAUCAGAAUACUAGGAGACAUCAUGAACAACAAAGUUUUUUACCAACAUCCUAAUCUCAUGAGGGCAUUGGGGAUGCAUGAGACAGUUAUGGAGGUGAUGGUCAAUGUUCUGGGUGAAGGACAGUCAAAGGAGAUUAUGUUUCCCAAGAUGGUGGCCAGCUGUUGUCGUUUCCUGUGCUAUUUUUGUCGUAUCAGUCGUCAUAAUCAGGGAGCCCUGUUUGACCACCUCAGCUAUCUGCUUGAAAACAGCAGCGUUGGAUUAGCUUCACCAUCCAUGCGUGGGGCUACUCCUCUGGACGUGGCAGCUGCUUCUGUGAUGGACAAUAAUGAACUGGCCUUAGCGUUACAGGAGUCUGACCUACAGAAGGUGGUUCAAUACCUCGCCAGCUGUGGCAUCCAGAGCUGCCCAAUACUUCUUAGUAAAGGCUAUCCUGAUAUCGGAUGGAACCCAGUGGAGGGUGAACGGUAUUUGGAUUUCCUGCGUUUUGCUGUCUUCUGCAACGGUGAGAGUGUAGAGGAGAAUGCAUAUGUGGUUUUAUGGCUGCUCAUUCGUCGGCCUGAAUGUUUUGGCCCUGCUUUGCGAGGUGAUGGGGGAAACGGUCUCCUGGCUGCCAUGGAGGAAGCCAUCAGGAUAUCAGAGGACGACUCCAUGGAUGGACCCCACACCGCAUACCACAAUGCUGUCCAGGACAGUGAUGAUGACCUCAUUCACAUGGGACACGCCAUCAUGACCUUCUACUCAGCCCUUAUCGACCUACUGGGCCGCUGUGCCCCAGAGAUGCACUUAAUUCAAGCCGGCAAAGGUGAAGCCAUCCGUAUCCGGGCCAUUCUGAGGUCACUCAUCCCUAUUCAGGACCUUGAGGGCGUCAUCAGCAUACCCUUUCAAAUCCCUUCAGUAUCUAAAGAUGGGGUUGUAGAUGAGCCUGAUCUAUCGACAUUGUUCUGUCCAGACCACAAGGCAGCUACAGUUCUUUUUCUGGAUCGGGUUUACGGCAUAGAGAACCAGAACUUCCUCCUCCAUUUAUUAGAAGUUGGAUUCCUGCCUGACCUUCAAACAGCCGUUUCUCUUGACACUGCUGAUCUGGGAUCAACUGACAUGGCUCUGGCCCUUAACAGAUACUUGUGUACAGCUGUGCUUCCCCUGCUCACCAAAUGUUCAGCCCUCUUCUGCGGUUUGGAGGACCAUGCCCUGCUGGUGGAUUCCCUAAUCCAAGCAAUCUACUGCCUUUCAAGGGCUUUCAGUUUGACUAAAGCACAGAGAGACACUAUUGAAGAUUGUUUGUUGGCUCUAUGCAGUAAACUCCAACCAUCUAUGAUGCAGCCUCUUCUUCGACGACUCAUCUUUGACAUUCCCCAUUUGGUAGACACCAGUGAGAUGGAGCUAAAGUUGCUGACCAGUCACUAUGAGCAGAGGUGGAAGUACUACUCAGUCAUUGGAGGGAAGGCAGAUUUGUGCUCUGAAGAGGAGCAACAUUUGUCCAGAAAGUUGUUUUGGAGCGUGUUCAAUGCCUUGAAGAAAAAGCCAUAUGAGCCACAGUUAUUUCGACUGUGUGUCCAGUGCCUCGCUGCCGUGGCUAAAGCUUUGCCUCCUGAUCACAUGAAUCCAAGCUCAGUGUCCCUGACAGAAAAGAAAGCCUCAAUGGACACAGACGAAGACUUUGACCCCCAGCCUGUCGAUACCUCCAAUGUGUCAGUGCCUGAGCGACUGGAGUUUGUUGUGAACAAAUUUGCUGAACAUACUCAUGAAAAGUGGUCACUGCAGAAGUUUGCCAAUGGCUGGGUUCAUGGAGAGCAGCUAUGCGAGAACUCAAAGGUUCACCCACUCCUCAAGCCAUACAGGGCUCUCGCUGAGAAGGACAAAGAAGUCUAUCGCUGGUCUAUUAAAGAAACAAUAAAGAGCAUGCUGGCUUUUGGGUGGUCGAUAGAAAGAACAAAAGAAGGAGAUGUAUUUGGAAUGCAUACAUGUACACGGAGAGUUUCCCAGUCUGGACAGUUAUCUUUUGAAGGUGCAUCAACCUUCAGCCCCAAACCUAUGGAUAUGAGUAGUAUCACCUUGUCAUGGGACCAGUGUGCGAUGGCUGAGCAGUUGGCUGAAAACUACCACAAUGCCUGGGCCAAGAGGAAGAAGACAGAACUGGAGAGUAAAGGAGGAGGUGGUCAUUCUAUGCUUGCACCCUACAAUACUCUGACAGCCAAGGAGAAGACCAAAUUCAGAGAAAGAGCCCAGGAUAUCCUCAAGUUCCUGCAGCUUAAUGGCUACACUGUGUGGAGGGAAAAGAAGACAGGGGAGAUGGACUUUCCAGCCAUAGCCAACUGCUUUGGCUUCACUCUGCUUCAGCAGCUGCUGUAUCACACAGAUGACGCCCAAGAGCACAUGUUGGAGCUGGAAGUGUUGCAAGCCCGAGGACAUAUCGCUAAAGGAGAGAGAGCUGCACAUCAGCAACCAAUUCAUUUUUUUCCCAAGGUUGUCCUUCCUCUUCUGGAACAGUACAUAAAAAGCCACUGUCAGUAUUUUCUGUCCACCUCUCUCUCUUCAAAUACUCAUAAAAGCUACGCCUCAAUAAAGGAAAAGGAGAUAAUUGCAAGCCUGUUUUGUAAGCUGGCAGCUCUAGUACGACAUGGGGUCUCACUUUUCGGAAAUGAAGCUUCUUCAUUUACAAGCUGCCUUCAGGUUUUGGCCCAGGCUUUGGAUGCCAGGACGCUGAUGAAUUCAGCCAAAGAGUGUAUCCAGGCGUCUCUCCACUCGUUCUUCGAGGCAGCUGCAGCCGAUCUGGAGAUGACAGUGGAAAACCCUCCAGUGACCUUGGCUCCUUUUCCUCAGAGUAGGAGUCAGCAGGCGAGAGGAGUAGCUAAAGUUGUCAGCUUCACAACCUCUGUCCUCCUCCCAACUCUCACUUCCCUCUUCCAGCAUCUUAGCAACCAAAACUAUGGCGCAGACCUCUUGGUGGGGAAUAUCCAGGUCUCCUGUUACAGGAUUCUCAACAGUCUCUACUCUCUUGGCACCAGCAGCAGCAUCUACAUGGAAGGGCAAAGACCAGCAGCAGGUGCAUGCCUGGCAGCACUUACCGGAGCUUUUCCUGUAUGCUUCCUGGAGCCUGCACUAGAUGAAAACAACCCUUAUUCUAUCUUCAACACCAUGGAUGCAAUUGAAAGAAAAGACCUGGGGCUGCCAGAUCAGGUGGAGGAUACUUGUCCCCUUCUGCCCUCUCUGGAACAGGCUCUUGGAGAAGUGGAGGAAUUGGCAAGUGUUGGGGCUGGAGCUCGCCAAGCUCCCUACAUCCAUGUCACAGAGGUCACGCUGCCCAUGUUGUGCAGCUACAUGUCCCAUUGGUGGGGCUGGGGCCCUGAGGGCCAGCCAGACAGCCCAAUCUGCAGCUCUGUCACUCCUCAGCAUGUCAGUGACCUGCUUGGCCACAUCCUCUGCAUCAUCAACAACCAUGUGGGAGACAGCCAGGGUGGCUGGAUGAAACAACUAGCAGUUUUUUCUCAGCCAAUCAUAUGCAACGCCCACACUGAACUUUUAAAGAGUAAUUUUCUACCAUUGAUGGAGAAGUUGAGGAAAAGAGCUGAAUGUGUGUUGCUGGAGGAGGAGCAGAUGAAGGCAGAAGGGUGUGUUGUUGCUGAAGCAGAGUUGCAGAUCCAGGAGAAAUUUAGUGUGCUUGUGCGAGACCUCUACGCCUUCUAUCCCCUCCUCAUCCCAUUUGUGGACUUAAAUCGAGCCAGCUGGCUGAGAGAAUUACACCCGGAUGCUGAGCAGCUGUUCAACAUGGUGGCAGAGGUCUUUAUAUUCUGGGCCAAAUCUCAUAAUUUCAAAUGGGAGGAACAGAACUAUGUCGUCCAAAAUGAAAUCAACAACUUGUCUUUUUUGGUGAACAGCAGGAAGAUGUCCAAGUUUGACAAUGAGAAGAGCGGCAUGAAGCGGAAAGGGGAUCGUUAUUCCACGCACACCUCUCUGAUUGUAGCUUCCGUGAAGAGACUGAUCCCAGUGGGACUCGGGGUUUGUUUUCCAAGCGACCAGAGCCUUAUCGCUUUGGCUAAGAGUGGUUUCAUUCAGAAGAACACUGAAGAUGAGAUUCGGGAGACUGUUUUGCAGUGCCUUUUACAUCUUCAGAGCCAGGACAUCCUUUAUGCAGAAAACCCAGCCUGGCAAGAACUCACCUUCGAUGUUCAGACAACUGUAAACAGAAUUCUGAGAGUAGCUCGAGUCCUUUAUCAUCUAGACCAGGUGGAGCACCCACAGCGAAACAGAAAAGCAGCCUGGAAAAAGGUCUUAUCCAAACAGAGGAAGCGUGCGGUGGUGGCCUGCCUAAGGAUGGCUCCACUUUACAACCUACCAAGGCACAGAGCUGUUAACCUAUUCCUCCAAGGCUACAACAAAUCCUGGAUAUCAACGGAGGACUACAACUGUGAAGAGAAGCUUGUGGAAGAUUUAACUGAGGGUGGAAUGAUGAAGCAGUGCGGAGGCGACACAGAGGAAGAAAAGGAUGUGGAAAUAGGUGUCAAACCAAUCGAUCCCCUCCUACAACUAAUCACACUUUUCAGUCAAAGCGCCCAAACAGAAAGGAAGCUUGGCGAUGACAACCUCUACACGUCUUAUGUUGCAAUUAUGGCUAAGAGCUGCCACAGAGAGCAAGAUGAUAAUGAAGAGCAGCCAGUGGAAAGCUUUGAAGAAAAGGAGAUGGAAAAGCAGAAAUUACUGUACCAGCAGGCAAGGCUGCAUCAUCGUGGGGUGUCUGAAAUGGUCUUGCAGGCAGUCAGUGCCAGUAAAGGAUCCAUGGGCUCCAUGAUUGGCCCUACACUGAAGCUGGGUAUUGCAAUUCUCAAUGGAGGGAAUGAAACUGUUCAGAAGAAAAUGCUGGAUUAUCUGAAAGAAAAGCGAGAUGUUGGCUUCUUUCAGAGCAUGGCUGGACUCAUGCGGUCGUGCAGCGUUCUGGAUCUGAAUGCGUUUGAGAGGCAGAACAAGGCAGAAGGAUUAGGCAUGACCAUGGACGAGCGCUCAGGAGAGAUGGUGAUACCCGACAAAGACCUGACCUGUGACCUUUUCCGCUUCCUACAGCUCCUCUGUGAAGGACACAACUCAGAAUUUCAGAACUAUUUGAGAACACAGACAGGGAACAACAUGACUGUCAACAUCAUUAUAUCCACUGUGGACUAUUUACUGAGAGUACAGGAGUCAAUUAGUGACUUUUACUGGUACUACUCUGGGAAGGAUGUGAUUGAUGAAAAUGGCCAGCAUAACUUCUCCAAAGCCAUAGAAGUGGCCAAGCAGGUCUUCAACACACUCACUGAGUACAUACAGGGCCCGUGUACUGGGAACCAGGAGAGUCUAGCACACAGUCGCCUGUGGGAUGCUGUUGUGGGAUUUCUCCAUGUCUUUGCCCACAUGCAGAUGAAGCUCUCGCAGGAUUCCAGGCAAAUUGAGCUUUUGAAAGAACUUAUGGAUUUGCAAAAGGACAUGGUUGUAUUCCUGCUUUCUAUGCUAGAAGGCAAUGUUGUUAAUGGAACUAUUGGGAAGCAGAUGGUAGAUAUGCUGGUGGAGUCAUCAGCCAACGUGGAGAUGAUCCUCAAGUUCUUUGACAUGUUUCUCAAACUUAAAGACCUCACCUCCUCAGUCGGCUUCAGGGAGUUUGACCCUGACUGUAAAGGCUGCAUCCACAGGAAGGAAUUCCAGAGAGCCAUGGAAAACUGUAAACGUUUUUCCCAAACAGAAAUUCAAUUCCUCCUUUCCUGCAUGGAGACAAAUGAAAGUGAAAUUAUGGAUUAUGAUGUAUUUGUGGAUCGCUUCCAUGAGCCAGCCAAAGACAUUGGCUUCAGCAUCGCUGUCCUGCUCACCAAUUUGUCAGAACAUAUGCCUAAUGACUCAAGACUGGGGACAUUCUUGGAACUAGCAGAGUGUGUCUUGAGGUACUUCCAGCCCUAUUUGGGGAGAAUUGAGAUCCUGGGCAGUGGGAAGCGCAUUGAGCGUGUCUACUUUGAGAUAAGUGAAUCUAGCCGCACACAGUGGGAAAAGCCACAGGUCAAAGAAUCCAAGAGGCAGUUCAUUUUUGAUGUGGUCAAUGAAGGUGGAGAUAAGGAGAAAAUGGAGAUGUUUGUCAAUUUCUGCGAGGACACCAUCUUUGAAAUGCAACUUGCAGCAAAGAUAUCUGGCUCUGACUCUGGAGAAAGGAAUGCAGAAAAAAUUGAAAAUGAAAAAAGUGAAGAGGAGAUCCAGCAAAACCAUGGAAUCAUGUCCAUUUAUUAUUGGCUGUUUCUGCUGCUCUCUUUGUUUUCUGUCAAAAACUUGAAGACACUGAUGAAGAUGACUCCUAGAGACAUCCUAGUAUCAGUCCUUUUCCUUCUCAGAUAUAUUUGCAUGACUGUGGUCCAGUGCAUUUGUGUUGUAGUUCGUAGUUUGAUAUAUGUGCUGUACAUUGCCUUUGUUAACGGUGGUCUCAUAGAGGGAGCCAAAAGGAUGAGGGUAUCAGAUUUGCUUGGUGGUAUCUUUGAGCCAACACUUGACGAGGUCAUGGAGGUGAAUAGUGUGCAGUGGCAGAAGAAAUUUUCAGCCAGUUUUUCUUCCCAGAGAGAAUUGAGGGAGAUUGGGCAGGUGGCAACCAUGACCUCCCCCAGGGAGAUGGACGCACUUUCAGACAUAUUUGGCCUUAAAGUGAAGAAGGAAGGAGGUCAAUACAAACUUAUAACACAAGAUCUCACUGCCAGUCUGACGGACCUGUUCCGCACAACCACCAGGACAGUUUCCCCCAGUGAUUUUCCUGAGAAGCAUCAGGGCUUGGUUAAUAUCACCACUGAGGAACAAAUGGAAGAUGGAAAAACGCAGGGAUAUGAAAAAACAGAAGGGAAGGACUUCUCAAAGGAAAUUGGAAAGGAGAAGGCUGAGGCAAAAUUGAGAGCCAAGAGUAGCUCCAAUAUGUCAGAGGAACAAGAGCACCAACACUCUGCCUUCUGGGAAAUGACUCUUAACAAGAGCCUGCUGAAUUACUUUGCAAGGAAUUUUUACAAUAUGCGGCUUCUGGCUCUGUUUGUCGCCUUUGCAAUCAACUUCAUCCUACUCUUCUAUAAGGUUGCAUCCCUGCCUGCAUCAAAUGAGGACAAACAAGUGGUCGCAGCUGUUUACAGUGACGAACCAGAGUCUGCUGUUGAAAACGACAAUGAGGGCACAGUUUAUUUUGUCCUCGAAGAAAGCAGUGGAUACAUGGAGCCAUCUCUCCAUUUCCUGGCUGUGGCACACACACUUAUCUCCUUCUGUUGUAUUAUCGGUUACUACUGCCUUAAGGUACCACUGGCGGUCUUCAAACGUGAGAAGGAAGUGGCUCGUAGGUUGGAGUUUGAUGGGUUGUAUGUGACGGUACAGCCCCCUGAGGAGGACAUUAAAGGCCAAUGGGACCGACUCGUCAUUAACACACCAUCAUUUCCAAGUAACUAUUGGGAUAAAUUUGUGAAGAGGAAGGUGAUGGAUAAGUAUGGAGAAUUUUAUGGCUGUGAGAAGAUCAGUGAACUUCUAGGUCUGGACCAGGCUGCUUUAGACUUCAGCUGUCAGAGACAAGAGAGAAAGAAGCUCAAGAGAGACACUGCCUGGAGGACUCUAUUGAACUCCAUUGACAUCAAGUACCAAAUCUGGAAACUAGGAGUUAUAUUUGCGGAUGGUUCCUUCUUGUACUUGGCUUGGUACAUGGCCAUGUCAGUUCUGGGUCAUUACAACAACUUCUUCUUUGCGGCUCACCUUUUGGACAUCGCCAUGGGCUUCAAGACACUUCGUACCAUCCUUUCCUCUGUCACUCACAAUGGAAAGCAGCUGGUCCUGACUGUGGGUCUCCUCGCCGUUGUUGUGUAUCUUUACACUGUUGUGGCCUUCAAUUUCUUUCGGAAGUUUUACAACAAGAGUGAUGACAGCAACACCCAGGACAUGAAGUGCAACGAUAUGCUCACUUGCUACAUGUUCCACAUGUACGUGGGAGUGCGUGCAGGUGGGGGGAUUGGGGAUGAGAUCGAAGACCCUGCUGGGGAUGAGUUUGAGGUCGAACGCAUCCUCUUUGACAUAACUUUUUUCUUCUUCGUCAUUGUCAUUCUUCUUGCCAUCAUCCAGGGUUUGAUAAUUGAUGCCUUUGGGGAGCUUCGUGACCAGCAGGAGCAGGUGAAAGAGGACAUGGAGACCAAGUGUUUUAUUUGUGGAAUAGGAAGUGAGUACUUUGAUACAAUUCCUCAUGGCUUUGAGACUCACACUCUACAGGAACACAACUUGGCCAACUAUCUAUUUUUUCUGAUGUAUCUCAUUAACAAGGAUGAAACUGAACACACGGGGCAGGAAUCCUAUGUUUGGAAAAUGUACCAGGAGCGUUGUUGGGAAUUCUUUCCUGUGGGAGACUGUUUCCGUAAGCAAUAUGAGGAUCAACUGGGAUGA